AUGUCUGAGUCCCAGAACACACCUCGCACAACCAGCACUCUGCCAUCGUGGAUCACUGACAUGAUGGCUCAGAUCCACCCUGAUCGACGCUCCGAAUAUUCUAUAGAUGGGACCGGAGAUGAUGUUUCGGUCUGGUGGGACCCUCCUUCAUCAUCCACACGGACAGACCCUUAUCAUUGUCCACCAUCAAUGUUCUCGAGCAGAAGCUCUACACCCCACAGUCAACAUAGCCACGAUUUUGAGCCAUGCUUUGGUGGUCAAGCACAUGGCCAAGGCGGCCCUGUGUAUUCUUGUGGGUGCUACCGGCGUACGAAUCGUCGGAAGGUUGAAGAUACAGAUGCACCUGAACAACAUCAGGGACUCGGGAUUCGACAGGAGGUUGAUAGCAGCAAGGAAAACAGGUCCCUGCCGGUGAAACGUGAGAGGUCUGAGUCAUCUCUCGAGUCAGACCCUCUAGUCACGACACCCCGCUUUGGACGAAAUCUGACCAAUGUCCAACGGGCUAAAUCAGCGCCAGCAUUUGAAGCACCGAAGCCCAGGAAGCUGGCGAAGGUCUUCGAAUUCAACAGAAGUGCAACUCACGACACCUUGAUCAUGAAUGUUGUGAAACGUCUCGAAGCUGCCGUUGACAGGCAGACAGAGGUACUGUCCAAGAUUUAUGGUGUUCUGGAGAGUUCUGCCAAACUCGCGUUGUUCUCGAAUCCUACGAAGAACUCAAUAACAUUUUCAGUUCUGCUGCACUCGCACAAGGCCCACUCCCUCCUCCUCCAUCCACCCGUGGCAUUCGUCCUCGCUCAGGCAGUCACUCUUGCUCCAGCAGCCACUCUACUGUCUGUGCUACUUCACACCACGUUUCCCCCCACUAACGCGUACCAACCUCUGGCUAUCAUGUCCAAACCUCCUAUAUCAUCUGCUCAACUUCCGGUGACUUCCAAACUUUCCUGGGCUCAGAUUGCAAAACCACAAGAGAAACCCAUUGCAGCGUCACCACCUGCGCCAUCAUUUUUGCACACACCUAUUCCACCAGCUGUUAAUGGCGAUGCAGGAUCAGCAUCGGAAGGUUGGGAGGAUCCGACGACUGUUCAGCCUUCUGAAUGGGCUGAACAGCAGCCAUUCCCACAGCAGGCCAUGCAGCCACUCUCGCCUCCUGCACCUGUGCAGCAACAAGAACAUCAACAGAGCACUCCCACGCCUGCAUCGUCUGUUGCUACCUCUAUCGCUACUUCUCCCUCGCAGCCUGUUUUCCCUCCUCCAGUGCAACCUGUCCUUCCGCCUUCACAAACAACGCAAUUUGUACCUACCCAACCUUCAGCACCAAUCCCUCAGGUACCUCAGCAUGCCCUUGCACCUUACGGACAGCCCCAUGCUGUUUUUGGGUGA